AUGAAUGAAAACUUUAAAUUAGUACCGUUGUCUGGUGCUAGAAGUGAUAUAUGGCAACAUUUUGGUUUUAAAGUUAGUGAAAAGGGGAUUAUAUUAAAUAAAAAUCAAGUUUUUAAAAAGUGCAAAUGUGCUGCUGGUUAUAGUGGAAAUACGACUAAUCUCAGUUUCAGUUCUGAAACAUUGAUGGAAAAACUGCUUGAAGAAGAAAUUUUUUGA